GGUCCAGCGUUACGCCCCGCGACGUUUGUGCACAAGCAGCAGAUGCAAUUUCAGGCCUUCUACGAUCGUACUCACAAUUAUAUACACUUCGACGAACACCCUCAUUUGUACCCUACUUUGUACUGACCUCGGCCAUCAUGCACCUCGCCAUAGGCGCAACCGCGACCACUGAUAAGGGCUCGCAAGAAUCACCAAGCACCGGCGAUAGCUCACGGGACACCUCACUGAACGGUUCCGACUCGGCAGUUGGAGGCCCACCGCCAUCCAGGCCCGAAGUCGACGUAGCCAGAAUGAAUCCCAAAGUCACGGCGGCUAUCAAGCAGGGCAUAGCUGACUUGACAGAAAUGGCGCCAUGCCAUCAUUUUGCUGAACAGGCGCUCAACAUACUGCGUCAUCUGGCCAAAAAGUGGAAUAUUGACGACAUCGAGGUCUACGGCAAGGACGAGCGCGCCGCGCCAACCCCUGAGGCUGAAAAUAGCGUUCUCCCGGUCACGUCAAGUCUCAACUUCUUUACCCCCAAUAUGUCGGAGCAGGAUUUUAUCUGCGACUGGGGCAACGACAAUGGGGCUGCCGGCAGUGUCAGCUAUACGACGACGGCACAUGGCGUUGACAACGGUCUCAAUGUUGCAGCCGCGGCCUCAGCUGGGAGGAUGGCCAACCCUCUGUUCUGGCCCUUUCCCAUGCAGGGUAGGCCUAUGCUUCCGAGUGGAAAGCUGUUGCGGGAAGCUGGCUUCGAGGUGUUAUGACAGCCAGCAAACGUCCGCAGCCGUGGCAAACCGCAGCCCGCGAUGCAGGUGUGUCUGCCUGUGCGCCCCCCGUGAUAGAGCCCAGCUGUUGCUUGGGACUUUGGUCUGCGCUGGUAAGCAAGUAGUCGAAAUAUGGCCUGCUCGUUUUGUCACGCCAUGCUCUUCCAAGAGUCUGGUCUGACGUGCUUGAGGACUAUUCGGCCGGCUUACACAGCUUACUGGGGUCAGGAAGGAUUAUAAAAUAAUAUCAAAUCUGCGUGGGCAGACAAUAACCCAUUCGCUUAGGCACAUCAUCGCAUCCAUUGCUCUUGGAACCAAUUAAAUGUUCUAUAGCGUUUAGGAACUAGUUUUAUUGGUGAGAUAACUGUCAUCUUCCGAUAAUACGGAGAAAUCUACCACCCGGUCAUCAUCACUGGCGGUUUUCUGGUUGCGGGGGGUCAGCGGGGGCUGACGGGAUGAAGUGUUAUACCGACUUUGAUUACCAUCAAGAGGAGCCUGAUGUGGAUAUAUUGUGGCUAUAUAUAAUAAAUCUGACAACGCAGCGGUUCAAACAUCUUGUUCACCAGCUUCUUCUUCUUCCUCUGCUUUUCUACAUCAUUUCGAGACAGUAUCU